AUGGACUCCUCCACGAGCGCGUCGACGCUGUCGCGCCGCGGCAUGGCGGCCUUCACGCAAAACAACGUGGAGGAGUCCAUCACCUUGUUCGACGCGGCGGAGGCGAAGGACCCGCGGUUCCGCACGCGGCUCUGGCAGCGCGGGCUGAGCUACUACUACGCGAAGAAGUACGACGCGGCCGCGGAGCAGUUCCUGAUCGACGUCCGAGAGAAUCCGAACGACACGGAGGAGAGCAUCUGGCACCUGCUCUCGAAAGCGCAGCUCGACGGGCUCUCCGCCGCCCGCACCAAUAUGAUCGUCGUGGGCCGGGACCCGCGGCCCGUCAUGCGCGCGGUCGAGAAGAUGUUCCGCUCCGGCGCCGUCGACGACCGCGCGGCCGUGGAGAAGCUCGCGGCCUCCGGCUCCGCGGGCGACCGCUUCUACGCGGCGCUCUACCUCGGGCUCCUGGCCGAGGCCGCCGGCGACCCGACGCUCUCCAAGUCCUGGAUCUCGCGGGCCGUCGGCAACAACGAGUACGCGCAGACCGGCGACUACAUGUACGGCCUCGCGCGCGUCCACGCGAAACGCCGCGGGAUCGCGCCGGACCUCUAA